UUUGUGCCGGGGAGCGUGACCAACGUGCUUUGUCCCGGCGGGCGCACGCGCGGGCGAACAUGGCGACGCACUGCACGUCUCGCGUCACCGGAGAGUGAGGCGCACCGAGAGACAGAAAACGAGAAACGGUUUUGUCAGAAAGUGCUGCGUCUCGAUGCAGAUGCUCCGGGUGAAAUAAAUAAGGCUCCUCAGCCUCUGUCAGGACCCCCCUCCGCCCCGCUUCCCUCGCCCUCCCCGGGUCUGUCCCAGCCCAGUUUUGCUCCUCCACCUCUUCCUCCGGUUGUGUUCAGCUCCCCUCCACCGCAGAUGAACCCCGCAGCACAACCCCGACAGCCCUACUUUCCCCCUCAACCCACUUUACCUAAUUCUGGGCGUGUCCAGUCAAGCUCCGCCCCUCGGUCCAUCCCCCCUCCGCAUAGAGCCCGCCCCCCUCAUGUAUUCCAGACAGGCCCCUCCCAGAUGAUGAUGAUUCCCCAGCAACCAAUCAGCUUCCCCAAUUCAAAAGGCACAGCUUACUAUAUAUCUGGCCAGUACCGUCCCUCAUACGUGACCCCUCAGCAGUAUCAGGUGGCCAGUUCUCCUGGUUUCUAUCCCGGCACGAGCCCGGCUGAUUACGCUGGGGCGUAUUGCACCACCCAGCCCCAGUUCACGCCCCCUGUUGCCCCGCCGACUGUCAUCAUGAACCCCGCCCCUCAGCAGCAACAGGCCCCGCCCCCUCAACAGGAGCAGCAAGCUCCGCCCAGACGGGAACGCAAGCAGAUCAGGAUCAGAGACCCUAAACAGGGAGGUCUUGACAUCACAGAAGAGAUCAUGUUUGGAGGGCGCAGCGGCUUCACACCCACACCUCCACAGGUGAUGAAAUCACACCUGAACACCUCAACACUCACGUCAGUCCUAAUGACUUAUUGGAUUUUUUGCAUAACUGAAAAUGAAUGUUUAGCUAGUCAUUAUUUACUCCCUCUCGCAUCAGACCAAGUGACUUACAAUUAUUUUCAUAAACUAACAAUAAACCUUUUAUUUACUCACUCAAAACGCACGCAGCCCAAUGGUGACAAUGGCACACCUGCAGUUGCCAUGACAACAAGAGCAGAGUUUCCCAUCCCUCCGGGUGAAAGCCCAAUACCCGACACUCCUCCGACUCCACCCCCUACCAGUCUGAUAUGUGAUAUGGUAGAUGCUCCGCCCCCAGCACCUACAGAUGACUCCCACACCCCGCCCACUGUGUUCGAACCCCCCGCCUCUAACGGUGCCGGAACCACACCCACUAAUGUAACACUGCCUUUCCCCACCCUGGAAUCACCAAUAGUGCAGCCCGAGGAGCUUCAGCUGUUCAACGGACUCCCGGUUAGCUCCGCCCACAGAGACAUCAGUCCUAUCGCCGAGCCAGACGUCACGAAAGAAGCACCGCCGGUUACCACCGAUAUCCCUGAUAGAACUGUCAAAGAAAUCCAUCCCCAGGUUGUCACGGAGUCUCCUGUUUUAGUCGUUAAGGAAGUGCCAGCUCCUGUUGUCAAGGAACCUAUUCCUCCCGUUGUCAUGGUGACCCCUGCUGUUGUCGUCAAGGACACAGUUGCUCCUUUUGUAAGGGAAACCCCUGCUUCUGUCGUCACUGCGACUGUCCCUGUUGUUUCCAAGGAAACGCCUAAACUAGUUGAUGUAGAAACCCUUCCGCAGGUUACCCAGGAGACUGUUGUCAAGGAAGCGCUUGUUUUCACCGUGAUCCCUGUCGAAACAACGCCAGUCGUCAAGGAAACAACUUCACUCGCUGCCAAGGAAAUCCCUGAACCACUUUUCAAGGAGUCCACUGCCUCUUCAAAGGCAGUUUCUAAAGCCACACCCCCUCCAAGAGAAGAACGAGAGGACACACCCACUACACAGACCACUCCCUCUGAUAGUACUAUGCAAGUUGUUUCAGUGCCAAAGAAGAAGAGAAAAAUGAAAGACCUGAACAAGAAGGAGGCAGGAGAUCUGCUUGAUGCCUUCAAAGAGCCCACACCACCUGAGCCAGAGGCCACACCCCAAUUGAAGGCGGAGCCAGAGAGUCCCGCCCCAGUGGCCCCGCCCCCUGCUGAAGAACUGGAGGAGACUUGGGAGGAGAAAGAAGAUAAACUUGAUGCUGAAAACAUAAAACCAGAGAGUCCCACCCAGAGCUCACCCACCAUAAAGAAAUACCACUAUAAAGAAGAGCAAUGGAAACCACUGGACCCUGAGGAGAAGAAGAAAUACGACCGAGAGUUUCUGCUGGGCUUCCAGUUCAUCAGCGCCAGCAUGAACAAACCUGAGGGUCUGCCACAGAUCUCCGACGUGGUGCUGGAUAAGGCCAAUAAAACUCCUCUGCGGCAGCUGGAUCCGAGUCGUUUGUCCGGAAUGAACUGUGGUCCGGAUUUCACGCCUUCGUUUGCUAAUCUCGGACGCCCCUCAGCCGGGGGGCGUGGCCCGCCGUCCGGUCUGAGCGGUCCUCGUCGUUCAGGUCAGGGUCAGCGCGGGAAGGAGCCGAGGAAGAUCAUCGCCAGUGUUUCUCUCACCGAAGACGUGCAGCUGAAUAAAGCGGAGAAGGCCUGGAAACCGACGGUGAAGCGCAGCGGUCGCGCCGAAGAGGACGAGCCCGAGUUCCUGAAGACGCAGGAGCUGUUCAAACGCGUGCGCAGCGUCUUAAACAAACUGACGCCGCAGAUGUUCCAGCCGCUGAUGAAGCAGGUGACCGAACUGAGCAUCGACACAGAGGAGCGUCUGAAGGGAGUCAUCGACCUCAUCUUCGAGAAGGCCAUCUCUGAGCCCAACUUCUCUGUGGCCUACGCUAACAUGUGCCGCUGCCUGAUGGGGCUCAAAGUCCCCACCUCAGAUAAACCUGGAGUGACGGUGAACUUCAGGAAGCUGCUGCUGAAUCGCUGUCAGAAGGAGUUUGAGAAGGACAAAGAUGAUGACGAAAUCUUUGAGAAGAAGCAGAAGGAGCUGGAUGCUGCUACAGGGGAAGAGAAGCAGAGGUUGAAGGAGGAGCUCGAGGACGCCAAAGACAAAGCCCGGCGACGGUCGCUAGGUAACAUCAAGUUCAUCGGGGAGCUGUUCAAGUUGAAGAUGUUGACGGAGACCAUCAUGCACGACUGCAUCGUGAAGCUGCUGAAGAACCACGACGAGGAGAGUCUGGAGUGUCUGUGCCGCCUGCUGUCCACCAUCGGGAAAGACCUGGACUUCCAGAAGGCCAAGCCCCGAAUGGAUCAAUAUUUCAACCAGAUGGAGAAAAUUAUCAAGGAGCGGAAAACUUCUUCCAGAAUCCGCUUCAUGCUGCAGGACGUUCUUGAUUUACGACGGAAUAACUGGGUCCCUCGGAGAGGAGAUCUGGGGCCCAAGACCAUCGAGCAGAUCCACAAGGAGGCGGAGCUAGAGGAGCACCGAGAGCAGGUCAAAGUUCAGCAGCAGCUUCUGUCCAAGAAGGACAGCCGCAGUGCAGGAGGAGGGGGGGGGAUGGGGCCCCGGGGAGGCCCCCACACACCCGGUCCCCGAAGCAACCAGGCCCCUGAUGACGGCUGGAACACGGUUCCCAUCUCCACUAAGAACAGACCCAUCGACCCGACGCGCCUCAGCAAGAUCACCAAGCCGGGCGCUUUGGACUUCAGUAAUCAGCUUCUUGUCCCCGGAGGUAAAGGCUCGUGGGGCAGUUGGGGCAAAGGCAGCAGCGGAGGCUCGGGAGCCAAAGCCAGCGACAGCACCCAGGAUUCUGGUCGUACCAGCACUUUAAACCGCUUUUCAGCACUUCAGCAGCCUGCCUCCUCUUCAUCAUCAUCAUCCUCCAACGUCGACUCUGACCGGAGGCUUCCUCACAGGAGCAGUUUCAGUCGGGAGCGCAGCGAUCGUUUCGACCGGGUCGCUGACCGCUACGAUCGGCGUGAUGACCGCGGAUCUGACCGGAUGAAACGUCCCGCGGUCGGCCAGCGCAGCUUCAGCCGUGAAAAGGAGGAGAGGAACCGCGAGCGAGAGCAUCGUCCCGCUGAGAUGCUGCAGCGUGUUUCCAGCGAGAGAGAGCGAGAACGCGGUACAGUGAACCUGGGAGAAUCUGUUCCCAAUCCUCCACCUGUUUCCUCCAAACCUGCGCUGACGGAGGAGGAGAUGGAGAAGAAGUCCACUGCCAUCAUCGAGGAGUAUCUGCACCUCAAUGACAUGAAGGAGGCGCUGCAGUGCAUCGGUGAGCUGAGCUGCUCGUCUCUGUCUGUGUUCGUUCGGACCGGAGUCGAGUCGACUCUGGAGCGCAGCACCAUCGCUAGAGAACACAUGGGUUCACUGUUUCACCAGCUCCUCAAAACACACACACUGUCCACACAACAGUACUACAAAGGGCUGCUGGAGGUGCUGGAGCUGGCGGAGGACAUGGAGAUCGAUAUUCCUCACGUCUGGCUCUAUCUGGCUGAGCUCAUCACUCCCAUGAUGCACCUGGGAGGGAUUCCCAUGGGGCCGCUCUUCAGGGAGCUGUCUAAACCACUGCUGCCUCUUGGGAAGGCUGGAGUUCUGCUGGUGGAGAUCCUCAAGCUGCUCUGUAAAGCCAUGAGUCAUAAGAAGGUGGGGGCGAUGUGGAGAGACGCGGCGCUGAGAUGGAAAGACUUCCUGCCCCAAGACCAGGACGCUAAUAAAUUUGUCACUGAAGAGGGAGUGGAGUUCACUCUGGGUGAGGAGUGUGUGAGGAAGAGCAGUAAAGUGACUCUGAGUCCAGAAGAUAUUUCUAGAGAGCUGGAGCGACUCCUGCAGGAGAAAGCAGACAACCAGAGGAUCUUUGACUGGGUGGAGGCCAAUCUGGACGAGCAGCAAACAUCAUCGAACACGUUUAUUUGGCUGCUGAUUACUGCUGUCUGUCAGUCUGCCAUCAUCUGUGAGAAUCCAUAUAAAGUAGACACUAAAGAAAUGACCCAGAGGGCCAAGCUGCUGCAGCGCUACAUUAAAGACGAGCAGAAGGAGCUGCAGGCGCUCUACGCCUUACAGAGUCUGAUGGUGCAGAUGGAGCAGCCACCGAAUCUUCUGCGCAUGUUCUUCGAUGUCUUAUACGACGAGGACGUCAUCAAAGAGGAUGGCUUUUAUCGCUGGGAGUCCAGCAAAGAUCCCGCCGAGCAGCAAGGCAAGGGCGUGGCCCUCAAAUCUGUCACCGCCUUCUUCACCUGGCUGCGCGAGGCCGAGGACGAAUCAGACAACAGCUAGAGCUUAGGCCACACCCACUGCAGAGAUGAUUGAUGUAAUAAAGGGGCAAGGAAAAACUAUAUUUUUGGAGAGAAAAAGAAGAAAGAAUUAAACAUUUGGGAGAUUUUCAACCUCCUUUUACUUUUUGUUUUGCCUUACUGUUUGCAAAUGUUUUUUUUUUGUUUUGUU